AUGUUACGAGCAUAUCCAAUACUGACUGGCCAUGACCAAGCAGCAUUUGCUAUCGCUAAGGAAUUUCAGGACAUCAAGGAUCUUCCUCCUCCUGGAGACCCCGUCUACCGUUGGCCAGCAGAUCUCUUGAAGCCCGAUCUUGUCUUCUUCAUCAACUCACCGGACAGAGAGAGUGGACAUUGGAGAGUCACUCCCAGACCUAAUGUCUUCAAACCCAAGUUGGUGGAAGUGAUGAGGCGAAUGUACGGCAUGCCAGUACUGGAGCUCAAUGACACGUUCCUCUACGACGACAUCCUGCUGAGAAUGCAAGGACAUCUCGACAGUUACCUCCCUGGCAGGCUCAAUUUCCAACAGGUCUUCUACAAGGAUAUCAUCGGUCAGGGCAACAACGCUGAUGAACAAACAUAGAACUCGUGUCCUUUUUAUAAGUAAAAAAACAAAAAUCUCUAUA